AUGCAAGGAUUCAACAUGGGCCGGUACACGGCGCCCGACGACGGCAGCGGCGACAACAACAACAAGAAGAAACACCCGCUGGGCGCGCGCGCGUCCAAGCUCGCCUCGCACGGCAUCCUCGUCGUGCGCUUUGAGAUGCCCUUCGCCGUGUGGUGCGCACACUGCCCCGAGCCGUGCCUGAUCGGGCAGGGCGUGCGCUUCAACGCCGAGAAGCGCCGUGUCGGCCAUUACCACAGCACCCCCGUGUGGGCGUUCGACCUCAAGCACGCGGCGUGUGGCGGGCCGAUCGAGAUGCGCACGGAUCCGAAGCGGGGGGAUUAUGUGAUUGUUUCCGGGGCGAGGAGGAGGAAUUAUGGCGAUCGGGAGAAGGAUGAGGCGGCGGCUGCGGAUGCGGCGGCUGCUGCUGGUGCUGGGGGUGGUGGGAGUUUGGUGGCGAGCGAGUUUGAGAUUACUACGCAGCGGGAGAGGGCUGAGAAGAGGGAGGCGGCGUUCUGGAGGCUGGAGAAGACGAUUGCGCAUCGUGAACAGGUGAAGGAGGGUGAGAGGAGGAUCGAGCAGUUGCAGGGUGUUGCGGGGCGGUGGGAAGAUCCGUAUUCGACGAAUCAGAAGUUGAGGAAGGCGUUCCGCGCUGGGAGGCAUAUGAGGGAGAGAGAGACUGCGAAGGUCGAGGAUUUGAAAGAGCGGAUGGGGCUGGGAAUCGAGUUGCUGCCGGAGAGAGAAGAGGAUGCGAAGCAGGCGGAGCUAAUCCGCUUUGGAGCACCGGAUCCCGACUGGGACGGCGAGGUGAACAAGGCGCUUAGGAAGCCGUUGUUCGAAACCAGUUUAAGUCAGAAGAAAGAUAACGAAGGGACAUCAACUGGAGGGCGUAAGAAACUCAAAUCAGAGAUCGCUGCGGCGCGAGCGCGGGAGAACCUCGCCUCAGAAGUCAUCCGCAACACCAGAGCCGCCAAGGAUCCAUUCCUUAAUUUUGAUAACAAAAAACACACACCUAGGGAACCCCCUCGGAUUCCGGGGCUAAAGAGAAAAAGUCCGGUGGAAGACGCCGCAACGAAGCAGGAUACAUCAAAGGAGGCGACUGGCACGACCGCUUUGGUGGACUAUGAUUCAGAUUCGGACUAA